CGGCGCCGACGUCCGCGUCGAGCGGCGCUUCGUGCCCGAGAGCUGCCCGCGGGCCGUGCGGCCCGGAGACUUCGUGCGCUACCACUACCUCGGCGCCUUCCCCGACGGCACCCGCUUCGACUCCAGCUAUGACAGGGGAUCCACGUUCAACGUGUUUGUGGGAAAAGGUCAGCUUAUUGCUGGGAUGGACAAAGCUCUGGUCGGCAUGUGCGUGAACGAGCGGCGGUUCGUGAGAAUUCCCCCCAAGCUCGCCUACGGAAGUGAAGGCGUCUCUGGUGUGAUACCCCCCAAUGCUGUGCUCCAUUUUGAUGUGCUUCUGAUCGAUCUCUGGAACUCGGAGGACGAAGUGCAGGUUCAGACUUACUUCAAACCUGAGAAGUGUCCUCGGACCGUCCAGGUGUCUGACUUCGUACGAUACCAUUACAAUGGAACGUUCUUAGAUGGGACCCUGUUUGAUUCAAGCCAUAAUCGGAUGCGAACUUAUGAUACUUAUGUGGGAAUUGGAUGGCUAAUUCCUGGUAUGGACCAGGGUCUCUUGGGAAUGUGCGUAGGAGAGAAGCGCAUUAUCACAAUACCACCUUUCCUGGCAUAUGGAGAAGAAGGAGAUGGUAAGGAGAUCCCUGGCCAAGCUUCUCUGGUCUUUGAUGUGGUUUUGCUAGAUCUCCAUAACCCCAAAGAUGGUAUUACUAUUGAGAACCAGCAUGUGCCUGAAUCUUGCGAGCGGAGAAGCCAGACAGGAGACUUUCUCCGAUACCAUUACAACGGCACACUUUUGGAUGGCACAUUGUUUGAUUCCAGCUAUUCACGAAACCGUACAUAUGACACCUAUGUUGGGAAAGGUUAUGUGAUUGCUGGGAUGGAUGAAGGUUUGCUAGGUGUGUGCACUGGUGAAAGAAGAAGAAUAAUAAUCCCCCCUCAUCUUGGAUAUGGAGAAGAAGGAAGAGGAAAGAUUCCAGGAUCUGCAGUGCUGGUCUUCGACAUCCACGUGGUUGACUUCCACAACCCCUCAGAUUCGGUCAGCAUUACUGUUAACUACAAACCUUCCAACUGCACCGUACUGAGUAAGAAGGGAGAUUACUUGAAGUAUCACUAUAAUGCUUCGCUCCUGGAUGGUACUUUGCUAGACUCGACACACAGCCUUGGCAAGACCUACAACAUAGUUCUGGGGUCUGGACAGGUGGUCGUGGGGAUGGACAUGGGCCUUCAAGACAUGUGUGUCGGGGAACGACGAACAGUCGUUAUUCCACCUCAUCUUGGUUAUGGAGAAGAUGGAGUUGAAGGAGAAGUGCCUGGCAGUGCUGUGUUAGUUUUCGACAUUGAACUGCUGGAACUGGUGUCUGGCUUGCCUGAAGGGUACAUGUUUGUAUGGAACGGUGAAGUCUCUCCCAAUCUUUUUGAAGAAAUAGACCAGAAUCAUGAUGGAGAGGUUCUUUUGGAGGAGUUUUCAGAGUACAUUCAAGCUCAAGUCGAUUCUGGCAAAGGAAAACUGGCUCCUGGUUUUGAUUUUGAAAAGAUUGUUAAAAAUAUGUUCACCAAUCAAGACCGGGAUGGAAAUGGUAAAGUUACUCCUGAAGAAUUCAAGUUGAAAGACCAGGAGGCCAAAGAGGAACACGAUGAACUGUAAAGCUAGGGAAAAAAGAAGAGUCCUGAGCUGACCUACUGUUCGAACACGUGUACUGGAAAAGGUUUCGGCAAGCAUGUUUCUGAAAGGUUAGCGCUCAGCUAGUUAGCCUGUGUCUGCCUGUGCCUGUGUGCUGGUAGGCUGUUAAAAUAGGAAGAGAUUUUCAGUUGGAACUGUUAGGUAUAUUUGAAAGAAGUGUUAAGUGCCUCAAGAUAGGAUGUAUAAACGGAUAAAGAGCGUACUGCCAUACGUGGUGUCGUGAACCACGUGGUCUGUUUUUAUGCUAAAGAUUAGAAGUCGUCAUUGAACAAUACGCAGUCACUUGGAUGGAUGGAUGGAUGGAUGGUCGGGAGCAAACUUACCGAGUGCUUUUUUUUGAGAGAGUUUUAAAAAACCUUCUGUAUCCAAAAUAUUUCUGCAGGAGAACAAACCAGAAAACAUUCCCCAUGAAAAUAACCUGUAAAAAUUGUCAGACAUUGAGCCCGGUUCCUUUCAGAAGGCAUGAGCACUCUGUGCAGUAACUAAACAAACUCAGAGGAAUAUUUGCCAGCAAGAACUCCGAUUUGCAAAUUGCAGAACAUGCAAAUGAUAGCUAUGCCAUUGCAAAAUUUCCAUAAGCUGUGAAUUAAAUUAAACAGGCCUAGAAUUGUAACUGUGUGCGUGUUGGGUUUUUACCUUACGAAAUAAAAGUUUGCUACCAGCUGUAUUGUAUUUAAUUAAUGACCUCGACUCUUCUUGCUGGCCUGUUGAAACAGUGUUCUGAUCAGUGAUUCCCAAACGUUUCUAGUUGCAACCUUAUUUAUAGUUUUGUUAGACUUUAAAUAUUAGUAUUAUGGGGUCCAAAUACUGUCAUAAAUAUGGGAUACAAUUGAUUUUGUGUUGGGCUUCUGCCUCCUAUUUUGGGAAUUGUUAGGCUACGGAGCAAGCACUUAGAGCUUAUGCAGCAGAGCGGUCUGGCGUGGCGAACAAACAAAAAGACAGUGACAGAAUCAAGAAACAGACCCAUCUGUUUAUGCCUGCAAAUGGCCUGGCCUAUCCCUCAAUACAAAAUUGGCCCAGGGAGUGCUGUUUAGAUUAUGUGAACUCUCGAGACAGUCACCCGUUACAUCUAUAAAUGUGGCAAGCUGUUUAACAGAAAAUACACUAAGCAGAGAUAUUUUUCUGGAAGGCCAUAUGAUCCCCCCGCUCAGUACACUACAUGUAAAGAGCACAACUGUAUAGUGUGACACUGUCAAAGACGAGUAGAAAGGGAGUUGUGUUUCCAUUAUAUGCUUUGUGUCUAGUUUCUUGCUUUUCUUGAUCUGUACAUGUGGGUUGUAAGCUCCCUGAGAUGGUCUUUUUAAAACCUGGUGUUUCAAUUGGACGAAAACAUUUUGUAUUGGUUUUUAAUACUGUUGUUACAGGAGGUGCAGUGGAAUAUUUUUUUUUUGAGUUUGAUACCAUUAAAUGUUGGAUAACUGAUUUUUUUGUUAAAUAAAAUGUUGAUCAA